AUGGCCAUUGAUAUGAGGGACCGUGGGACAGUCGGCUGCUCUUAUUAUGUUGCUGACGAAAAGAAGCUCUAUAUUCUAGCAGAUAUCAUCUACGGAGGGAUAGAUGUAGUGGAAACUCAUGCCCAGUUCAGGCUCCCUUAUCAUCUAGAUGUUCGUCCGUCCCAAGAGUUCAAUUUUGAAACUGCUAGGACUAAACUUUCAAAUCUCAAACUCGGGCAAGCGACUGAUAUCCCCAAGUUUCUCGUCCCGGGAAAUGAGUUUUCUUAUGAACGUACAGCUAACGGGGCGGAUGGGGGCUUUACGGAAGAGCAAGGAAAGUUGUUGCACCUUGCUAGCACUGUCGAUAUGGAGAACCACGUUUCAAUUGGAUGUGCUGGUGCGCUUAUAAGUUACCUUCAGAGAAAACGUUCAACCCAGUAUCUUCAAGGCGACUUAACGGGUGAUCACUUAUCGAGAAUCCAGGCAAUUGAGAUGCUGAGCCUGGAUAGUAAUAUGGACACACUAUCAUCGCUUCAAAUUAUCCAGUCAGAAUCUCAUCCAAAUGCGUUUAACCAAGGCCCUGGACAAUCAUCUUCCGGUUCAAAGGAAAGCUUGUCAAUUUACGGCCUCUUUCAUCGAUUCGCUCGCACUCCGCAAGGCAAGGCAAAGUUGAGGCAGCAUUUUCUUCGUCCUACAAUCAAGCCGAAUGUCUUACGCGAACGACAUGACUUCAUUAGCACAUUCCUCCGUUCUGAAAACGUUGAUGCUACGGAGAAACUGAUAACGAGCUUAAAAGGAAUCAAGAAUCUUCGUCCGGUUAUGGUUCACCUACAAAAGGGCAUCAGUACAGGACAUGCUAGGUUCAAGGGCUUUAAAAGCGUCGUUUGGGCUACUCUUCUAGAGUUUGCAUAUCAUGCCAUUGAUAUCCAUGAAAUUCUGAAAGAGGUUAUUGGAAUGGAAAGCCUAGAUUUGUGUGUGAAGGUGGACCUAGAAGCCUCAGUCCAGGAGCACCGAACUAUCGUUAAGCCCAGAGUUGACCAGGGAUUAGACAAAUUGAAAGAAACGUACAAUGGCAUGGAUUCGUUACUCAGCCAGGUCGCAGUUACGAUUGCAGCUACACUUCCAGAAAGACUGGGUAAUGAGCUGAAUGUUAUUUAUUUCCCUCAACUUGGGUUUAAUAUUGCAAUACCACUCAAUGAGUUUAGGAGACCAGUGUAUGAUGGAGGAGACGAAGGAUGGACACAAGUGUUUACUACCGAAAAUCGCGCUUAUUUUAAGGAUUUUCGUAUGCACGAGAUGGACGAGAAACUGGGUGAUAUGUACGGGAAUAUAUGUGAGAAAGAGAUCGAGAUUGUUUAUGAGCUUGCUCAGAACAUUCUGAGUUAUGAAGAGAUGCUUAUUGAAGCGUCAGAUGUAUGCGGAGAAAUCGACAGGCAUCUCCUACACGAGGCCACUGUACCUUCGUUUGUUCCCAAUGACACGCUUUUGGCUGCACUUAUCGUCUACAUGGCCCAUAUAGGGUGCUUCGUUCCAGCGGAGGUUGCGACGAUUGGAUUUACUGAUAAAAUACUUACUCGCAUAUCAUCUCGAGAGACCGUUUCUAAAACUCAAAGCACAUUUGCAAUCGAUUUGCAGCAGGUCGCUUUCGCGUUGGCCUACUCGACAAAUAGGAGUCUUAUAGUCAUUGACGAAUUUGGCAAGGGAACGGAGUCUACCGACGGAGUGGGCCUAGCAUGUGGCCUGUUCGAUUAUCUUUUAAAUUUGGGUGACGAACGCCCAAAGGUCAUUGCUGCGACACACUUCCACGAGAUGUUCGAGCAUGGGUUCUUACAACAAAGACCCGAACUCCAGCUUGGAUAUAUGGAAGUCCAGAUGGAUCAUUCCGCCUCGGAAGUGGAAGAUCAGAUCACAUAUCUGUACAAGUGGGUGCCAGUUGUCGACCAUAUGCUGUCUCUUGGAUUAUGCUAA